UGUUAUUAACAACGAAUCAGUGUGUUUUCCGGUGUGUGUGUGUGUGACUCAAAGUGUAUUUAAAGAGCGCAAGCGUUUUGGUGCCGGCUGCGCAAAACCAGCGGGCUGUCGGAGCAUCACCGCCUGCAGGAGCGAGCAGGUGCGGCGCAUGCGCAAAGGGAUGAAUGUAGAUGGGGACUGCAGCAUGUCAGUCAACUGCGGCAAUGGCAAGCUCCGGCAGUGGCUCAUCGAGCAGAUCGACAGCGGCGAGUACCCGGGCCUGGUGUGGGAGAACGAGGAGAAGACCAUCUUCAGGAUCCCGUGGAAGCACGCCGGAAAGCAGGACUACAACCGAGACGAGGAUGCGGCGCUGUUCAAGGCCUGGGCUCUGUUUAAGGGGAAGUACAGGGAGGGUGUGGACAAGCCGGACCCCCCAACGUGGAAGACGAGACUCCGCUGCGCCCUCAACAAGAGCAACGACUUUGAUGAACUCGUGGACAGAAGCCAGCUGGACAUAUCGGACCCUUAUAAAGUCUACAGGAUCAUCCCGGAGGGAGCUAAGAGAGGGUCCAAGUCCAACAGCAUUGAGGACAACGCAACACACGUGACACCCCUCAGUUACCCCAUACACUCUUCUUAUCCUCCUCUUCAGUCUCAGAUGCCCGGCUACAUGCUGCCGCAGGACAGGAGAGACUGGAGAGACUUCGGUCCCGAGCAGCCACACCACCCCGCGCCGCAUGCAGAGAUACCGUACAGCCCGUAUCCGUCCCGGCCGCUGCAGUGGCAACCCUGCGAUAACGGGUACCAGAUAUCCGGAUCAUUCUACACGUACACUCAUUCAGAGUCGCAUCCUGUCCCGUUGGACCCGAGUAUGAGAUCCGCAGAGGCCAUGGCUCUCUCUGACUUCCGCUUGCACGUGUCACUGUACUACCGCGAGUCUCUGGUAAAAGAGAUCACCACGAGUAGCCCUGACGGUUGCCGGAUCUCGUCCUCUUCCUCCCCGUCGUCUCCGUCCUCCCCAUCGUCUCCGUGCUUAGAGGACAGGCAUUUCGGCAUGCCAGAACCCGUGCUCUUCCCGUUCCCGUUCCCCCAGUCGCACCGACGGGGUGCUGAUAAGCUUUCCAACGUGCUGGAACGCGGCGUGCUGCUCUGGCUUACACCUGAGGGACUCUAUGCCAAGCGCCUGUGCCAGAGCAGGGUAUACUGGGAAGGACCGCUAGCGCAGUACUCAGACAAACCUAAUAAGCUGGAGAAGGAGCAGACCUGCAAGCUCUUGGACACACAGCACUUCCUGACAGAGUUGCAGGGUUACAUACAUAACGGACGCCCGAUGCCCAGGUACCAGGUGGUCCUCUGCUUCGGAGAUGAAUAUCCAGAUCCUCAGCGACAGAGCAAGAUGAUCACAGCUCAGGUGGAGCCGAUGUUUGCCAGACAGCUGGUGUACUACGCCGGCCAGACCAAUGGGCAUUACCUGCGGGGUUAUGAGCUGCCCACUCAGGGAACCUUGCCGGUGGAGGAGUACCCGAGGAGUCUGCAGCACAUGCAGGAGUGACGUCACGACCCGAACUUCCUGAGUCGGAUUUGUCCAAGGACGCUAUUUUCUCCUCCACUUUCUGCUGUUUCUCAUCUCUAAACCAUUUCAGACCCAGCGGGCAGGAGGAUACAGAGGGACAGAGAGGUAACUGCAUUGCAGACGCUCGUCGACCUUCGACAGACUUGUGAACAGUGAAUGAAAAGCUGUGCACCAUAGAGUGUGCUAUUACAUUAUUAUGAAUAUGUAUCCCAAACUGUUAAAUACUGUCCUUGGUAAGCUUUUUUUUUUUUUUCUUUUGUAUUUUUGUAUUCAAAAUUUGUACUACUUUUAUACUUUGUGCAGAAUCGUGUUCGGUUUCUUCCCUCUCAAAAAUCAGCUGCCUUGUCUUUGCAAUAGAAAUCAAGCUACAGUAAAUAUGCUUCCUGUUUACAACUCGAUCAGUCGCCUAUUUAUAUUUGUACUGUAUAUUGUGUGUGAUAUGUGUAUGCAUGUGUGUGUGUAUGUGUGCAUGUGUGGUGUGAGUUCUGUAGGCGUCUAAUCUUGAAUGUAUUUCUGUUUCCCUGAAUGAAGUCUCUGUAGAAGUUCCCAAUACUAAGAAAUGCAGCUUUGAGACUUACUGUUAUUUACAAGCUCGAACCUUUAAUCAGAGUCAGCCAUCUUUUUCUGGUGCUCAGUGUGUGUAUAUGAUUGUGUGUGUGUGUGUGUGUGUGUGUGUGUGGUAGACUGAGUGCUGAUGGGAAACUGUCACAUGCAGGUUACUGGCCACAACGCUGUGGUAAAAUGGUGUGUAAAAAGGUCGAGAGAGGAGGGGAGGGGAAAGACAUCAAUGCAUCUAUUUUUCUAUUUCUCUUUCUUUUUUUAAAAACGAAAAACAAAAAUCAGGAACGUUUUGUAAAGCUGUAUUUUUUUAAAAACUUUGGUAUCAUUACUUUUCUAUAAUCAUGCAAUGAAUGAAAAAUAAAGAUUUCUCUGUUUCAUAA